AUGACACUUGUCGGAGUUCACUUUGAAGCCAUAUUUUCUGACUAUGCGGAGGAGAUCAGCUAUCAUGCUGUGUGCCUGCAUCAGAUCCCUCCAGCUGGUGAUGGUGUGAUGAACAGUCAAGUCAUCGGCGUAUCCCGUCAGGCAGUGCAACACGCGUUCCCAGCCUACGACUUCCGCAAGUUCUCGAAGCGGCUCCCGCAAGAUGUUCCAAGUGAUGUGGACUUGCCAUCUCCGGAGGAGCAGUUGAGUGGUGAUCGUGUGGCGAACCAGGCGUUUGAGCCUGACUAUCGCUUGUUUGGGGCUGUAGGACUGGAUGCAGAUACAAGGGAGCUACUGAACGAAGGACGUUCAGGUGGGUCGGAGGAAACAGCGAGACAAUCGGCUAGCUCACGCGACCUUGCUGAUGUUGGUUCUCCUUUGGGGCCAGUAGUGGCCAGAGUGGGAGAAACAAGUCCAAAGCCUGUGCCAGCUCCUGGUUUGGGUGGGGGUGAGCUUGUUUCGGCAACGCCAGCUCAAGGCUCUGUACAGAAGCCAUCGGGCAGCAGUGGUGUGCGUGUGGAAGUGGACGAGGUCGAGCUGAUCCCAGAUUAUUCACAACUUCCGGAGCAUCCAGCGGCUCCUUCUUCGUGGACUGGUCGUGCAGUGCAGCCAGGAGUAUCUCAAGAUGCUGUGGGCUAUGGGCCAGGUCCUUUGGAUUCGCUCUCUAGCAUGCUUCAGGGCUUGUUGGCCGAACAGUUAGCGCCUGUGCUUCAAACCCAAAGACUGCUUGCAGAUAGGUUAGAGCGGCUGGAAAGCUCCAGGGGGUCAAUGUCUCAAGACUCGGCUGAGCAGAGCCACGACCUGUUGCUGCGCUGCCUGGAAGUUUCCCUUUGGAUGCUGGCUUUGGUGGUGGUGUCAUGGGUCCUUGUGGUGGUACAAUGGGCUUGGGAGCAGCAACCUCAGGAUAUGGAGGAGGAUGUCAGGGUGUCCAUUUCAGAGUUGCCGAAGCUGGAAGUUAAGGAACAUGAACGGGACUUGGCUCCUCUUCUGUCGGGAGACUGGUUGGCAAUGAUCAGCCCGGCCAUGAAGGACAUCUCGCCCACUAGCAGCACAUGGUGGUCUCAGGUUGUAGAUGCAGCAACUUCCUACUAUCAGGAAUGGUUGAUGUGUGAUCCGGUAACGCGGCUCUCAUUGCAACCUACAAAACCAUAUCGGUUUGAACACACCAAGUAUGCACGGGUUGAGCAGCGAGCCUUGACGAUGCUGUUGCGUGCUGUGCCUACUGUGAUCAGGGAGGAGUUGGUUGCGAAUCGGAAACUAUCAUGCAUUGAGCUCAUAGCCUUGAUUCACACAACCUAUCAACCAGGCGGGUUGAAGGAAAGAGCUGCAUUGCUGCGCUAUCUCACGAACCCUGACGGAUGCACUGAACCAGUAGCCGCACUCCGUAGUAUCAAACGGUGGUCACGGUGGAAGUGUAGAGCAGCCGAGCUGCACAUCUCUACUCCAGAUCCCACUCUACUGCUAGGAGGUGUGGACACGAUGGUGUCAAAAGUGUUUGCGCAGUACCCGGAAACACAGUUUAGGAUCUCGUCCUACCGAUUUGCAAAGAGCGUUGAUCACCAGCCUACUGAAGCUAAGAUAGUGGAGCUGGUGAGGUUCGUUCAGGGUGAACUUGAGACUUUGGUGUCGUCGGGUACCGUGAAGUCCAAGUCGAAGGCAGAUGGGGAUGCAGAUGCUGGCAAGCGUCUGAGGGUUGCGGACCCUGAGGCCAAAGGAAAAGGGAGAACUAGAGAUGACACUUCGAAGGGUGCUGAGGGUAAGGGCAAGGAGAUUUGCAAGCAUUGGAGAACUGACAAGGGUUGCAAAUUCGCCAAGGCCUGCAGGUUUGCUCAUGAUCCAUUGCUUCCUUCAGAAAAGCGUUGCUUUGCUUGCUCAGCACUCAACCACAUGCGGUCGGAGUGCCCUUAUCAGCCUAAGGACGGACGCGCCUCAGAUGCGCACAAGGGAAAGGGCAAGGGAAGUGAAACAAUAGCAAAGGCUAGUGCCCAAGCCUCAACUCCCUCAUCCUCCAGCAAUCCCGUGCCAGCCUCUCAAUCCUCCUGCCAGGCCCCUGCAACUGAACCUGGAGACAUUCUUAAGAAAGCUGCUGCUAUGAUUGAGACCCUGCAAACUUCCAUAAAGACUGUAGCUGACGGAUACGGGCGUAGGCCAGGUGGUAAUGACCCCACGGGCCUAAUAGACUCAGGUGCAUCUGCUUGUAUGCGCGCCAAGGUUGAGGGUGAUGUUGUUACUGGGGUUCGUGUGGUGUCACUUGCUCAGGGCGAGGCCGAGGUUGAGGUCAACCAGGCAGGAACGCUGUUGACAUCGCAACCCAUCGAACCCAUAGUGUCAGCCAGACACCUAAUCAAGUGUGGCUUCAAGAUCACGUGGUCCCGGAGGGCGUUCUUGCUACUUGAUCCUCAAGGUGUGGCGGUUCCCGCGGUCAUCCAAGCUGGUUGUCCUCGUGUCACGCGUUCGGUUGCGCUAUCCCUCAUUGAUUUCAUUGAGAAAACGUCCUUGGAGGAAGGGGCAGCUGUUGAAGACUCUGUGAGGGUUGCUAGGGCUUUGUGUACCGAUGGGACCGACCCUUGGCCGGUUGGAAUGGCAAAGCUAAAGACGAGCUGUGAGGACGGUGAUCUGGUCAAGGCUCAAGCGUGGCAUCGGAUUACGCUGCAGUCACUUUUCCCUGAGGUUCCCCGUGACUUGGUGGAUAGCGCUUCCUCGUUGGUUCCUCCUGAAGGGGUAAAAGGGGUGUUGAAUCGCCGAAGAAGGAGGUCGAGGGAUGGUGAGUCUAGAUGGGGACUUCCUGACCUCUCGCAAGUUGAGCUGGACAAGGUUAAGGCUGACGAUGAGCUAUGGGUUAAGCAGCUGUUCCUGAGUAUGGCCGCACAGUGGGGUUUGCAUGAAACUGGCGUGGGUGUGAGGUGGGCGCCGGGGUUAAUUGAAGCGGUUGAGCAGUAUUUGACUGCGAUUGCAACCAAGUAUUUUCUGGCAGCUAACUUGUCAGUUCCGGUCGAUGUUCAUGUUGCGGGGGGCGAGGAGCCAGUUGCUGAGAACCCUGACAAGCAAGCACUCAGCGCAAGGGAAGAGCCAGCGGAGUGGGAACAAGCUGGCGAUUACAAGGAGCCUGACGCUAAGCACAAAAAGGCGGGCGAGCUGCUUCCAGAAGAAGGGGUUGACGAGGACAGCUAUCUAAGUAAGGUAAAAAUGGUGAACAUUCCUUUUGGAAUUCCUUUGAAGGAUAAAGGGGCUCAAGAGGUUCUGAGGGCACUGAAGCUCAUCGAUGCUCGCGCGUCCUGUCUUGGGAUAAAAAUCGCUCGUUUUCACUCCGACAAGGGUGCUGAAUUUGACAACCGCUAUGUCAGAGACUGGGCUGCUUCAAGAGGAAUUUGGAAGUCCUCUACGGGGGGUGACAACUGGCGCUCAAAUGGCGCGGCAGAAGCCUUAGUCGGGAUUCUCAAGGACUCGGUCAGGGUUCUCUUGCGGGAUGCGCAGUUGGGCCCAAAGGACUGGCCAUACGCCUUGAGGCAUGCAGCCGGGAGGUUGUUUCAGUCCAGGGUGAAAAUGCUGGGUUGGGAUCUACCGUCUCUUGUUCCCUUUGGGGCAAAGGUGUUUGUUCAUCGCCGAACUUGGCAUUUGAAGAAAGAUGCUGACAAGGAGUGGGCUGCCAAGGCCGUUGAAGCCAGAGUUCUCGCUCCAGCGCUUGAGAUUGAUGGAGGGUAUCUCGUGCGAACCGUCAGGGAUGAGCUGUACAAUACCAGCUGUGUGUACGAAAAUGUUGAAUAUCUUGAUCCAGCUAGGUUUGUCAUUCCUGAAGACAAGGCGACGGAAGCGAUUCCCCUUCAGUCCUCUACACGCCGUAGGUACAGGGCCAAGACUACCGUUGCAAGUGUUCAUGAAGAUCCCGAGGACUUGAAAGCACAAGAGCUCGUUGACACGAAGCCGUUUCCGUUGACAGCGGCAGUCAACUUUCUCUUAGGCUCGUCGUGGAUUCGAACCCGCCAGGCCAAACAAAGGCCAUUGAUGCGUGAAUCCGCCGGCACUUGUAAGGUAGUAGGCUUCUUUCAGCACGGGGGCGUGAAUGGGGUCACGACUUCCGCAAAGCGCAGUCCUGGAUUUGCUAGGCUCGUGAAUUGCAUCCUUCGCGAAGUUGCCCCUGAAGACACUUGGUCCACGGUGGCGGUCCUCGAUCAGGUCAAGUCGGCCCCUCACAAAGACAGGUACAAUGACAGUUCCCCAAGUUUGGUCCUGCCGCUGGCGGUGCCGCCCUUGGGCGGUGGAAUCUGGGCAGAGUGCCCUGAUGGCAACGACGUGAGACUGGCUUCAACAGCCUGCGCAAGUGAUGAGGCGCAAGGCCGGGGGAGCAUGAAUCUUGGCCGGGAAUCUGCGGUGGUUCCUAGCGUUGACACUUCUCAAACAUGUGCAGGAGCUGAGGCGCAGGGUGGGGGGAGUGUGGUUGUGGAUGAGGGACUCGUAGGAGACCUAAAUUCGUCUUUGGCUAGGGAGUUGAUCGCCCCUGCCAACCUUGCUCGCAUCGGUCAAGGAAAUGAUGAGGCUCUGGGACUUAGUAAGGCCUGGGUAGCGGGUCGGGGUUCUGGAUGCUUGGGCGUUGAGUGCGGGGCGUGUGUGAAGGACUCUGCUGGGGUCUGCUCGCUCUGUGAGAGAGAUGUUUUGUCAGUGGGUCGUUCUUUAAAGGCUUCGCCAUCGUUGCUUGGACGUUUCGAGGAUGGGAGCUUCGUUGAUGGGGUGUUUGGCGAGGGGUUCGAGGGGCCAUUUGAUGCUCUUGAUGCUCGUCAGCCCGGUGUUGGAGUGCAGGUGGAAGGUUCGGGAGCGUGCGGGUCGGUUGGGUCUGCAGGUCGUGAUGACUCUCGGAUCGCCUGUCUCAGAAAAGCUGAGUGCGGAGCACUAGGCGGAACUUCGUUGUCAGGUAGUGGUUUAGGUAAGGUUGUCCCUUCCCUUCUCCCCUGUUUCCCCGAUACUUGGCAGUUGUAUGAGUCUGGUGCGUUUGAGGGUGAUGAGGAUGAGGGUUCGGUUUCAUUGGGCCUUUGUCCGGGUGAAGUUGACCCUGAAGUGUCACUUAGGAACCUAAAGGGGUGGUUGAGUGACGAGGGCAGGGCUCAGUGUAGACAGCAUGCGGAUGUGAGCCAACGAUGUCAAGCAGAAGAUGCUAUAAGGCAUGCCGUAGUUCGGAAGAUUCUUGAGCUUGAGCAAGCCAGCUGUGCCAAGGCUGGUGAAGAGCUAGAGUACAGUUUGUUGCCAGAUGCUGAGGUUCUGUGCACGCAUACGGUGCCGUUGAUUGAAGUUGAGCGGUACUAUGAUCUUUGGAAGGAGGCUCUCGAAAAGGAGCUGCAUUCGAUGAUCGAUGAAAAGCAGGCUCUCAGAGUGAUUUCGGAGGCAGAGCUGACCAAGUACCAAGAAGCCGGAACGCGUGCCAUGAUCAUCCCAAGUAAGCUGGUGUGUACCAGAAAGAGCGGUGGUAGAUUCAAGGCCCGGUUGGUGGCCUGUGGCAACUAUGUUGAUCUUAGUGGCAAGGACGGCGAAAGUCGGAGUGCAAGCGUGGAUCUGUAUGCCGGCGGAAUUGAUGCCGCGGUACUGAGACAGGUGUUAGCGCUCGCAGUCAAGAAGAGGUGGUCAGCCGGAUCCACUGACGUGUCUACAGCAUUUUUGAAUGCUGAGCUUCUGGAUCGCCAGAGCCCGCUCACUAAGCCGGCGCCCCUCUCUCAGCAAGUUCCGUCAGAAAUUGUUGUGCUCCGCCCACCCUCGCUGUUGGUCAAGCAUGGUUUGGUGCCUCCACGCAGCUUCAUGCUUGUCUUGCGGGCUGUUUACGGCCUGGACCAAUCUCCGCGUGACUGGGGCAUACGCCGCGACAAGGAUCUGCGCACUGUUCGGUUGAUGCUUGGCAACCGUGAAUGUCGGUUGGUGAUGUCGGCUGUUGACAACAAUCUGUGGUUCUUGACUACUGGCUGCAAGUCGGACCCUGUGAUGGCUUGUUUGAUGGUGUACGUUGAUGAUCUUCUUGCUACGGGACCGUUGGCUGUAAUUCGGCCGCUGCUUGCUGAGAUCUCCAAGCUUUGGCAAUGUGGCGCGGUAUCUUUUCUACCUGAGAACACGUCUGAGGUGCCCCUGGUGUUCUUUGGGUAUGAAAUCAGGCGAGUUGGUCGGAGCUUUCAUCUCAGCCAGCGAGACUACGUAACGGAGCUUGCUACAAGGUAUCGUGACCUUCCCGCUCCCUCCACACCUCUUCCCCCAGGAACCUUGGACAUACCGCCUGCCGAGGUGCAAUCAGCCAGCGACCUUAAACAGUGCCAGGCCAUGCUAGGCGAAGCGCUGUGGGUUAGUACACGAACUCGGCCAGAUGUUGGCUUCGCUGUUUCUCGUCUUUCUCAAGCGAUGUCCAAGAAUGCAGCUGCAGUUAGGCCACUUUGCAUUCACUUGCUAGGGUAUCUGUAUCGCACCAAAGAUUUUGGCCUCUUGUACACAGACCAGUAUCCAGCUCAGGGGGAGACGGGUUCGGUUGCUUCUGUCAAUGGCAAGUAUGUUGUUGAGGCCCAAACAGACGCUGCGUUCGCACCCACAUGUGAGAGAUCGCACGAGGCCACAAUGGUUUACUCUCUGGCGUCGUUGACGGGUUGGCUGUCAACUCGACAACCCUUUGUAGCAGCUAGUACGGCCGAAGCCGAACUACUUUCCGUGACCACUGGCUUCUCGUACGGGAGAUCGCAGCGCUUCGUGAUUGAGGAAAUCGAGGGUUGCAAGGUAGACUUGCGGAUCCUUAACGACAAUCUCGCGGCUACCACGAUAUGCAAUGCUCAGUCCACCAAUUGGCGGACUCGCCAUCUGCGUAUUCGUGCAGCACAUUUGCGGCAGCAGAUCAGCGAUGGUGAAUGUUCAGUAUCUCACGUUCCAGGUGAAUGCAACACCGCAGAUUUAGGAACCAAGGCACUCCAGCCAUCGCGGUUCGAAAGGCUCCGGGCAAUGAUGGGAGUCUUGAGUUUCUCUGAGGUCACUGUUCGCGAACGCACCAGCUCUGUGGUUGUCUCGUCAGGUCCACCGGUAGAGGAAGCUCUCAGGGUCAUUGUCGCUGCACUUUGCGUGGCGUCAGCAAAGGGUCAACCGUUGAGUGAUGGUUCUGAUGACUUUGUCUUCUGGAGAGUUGUGUUGCUUUGGAGCGUGUUUGUGAUCGUUGCUUGGGAGAUGUUCAGGUGGGGCUGCCGAGUGUGUUACCGGAAACUCACAAGCUGGGAUAUGCCUGAACCAGACCCAGAAGCCUCCGAAUCUGAGAGGGAGCAGGAGCCUGAUGAAGAGGAUCUCAUUGAAGAAGCUGACAGGCCCCAGCAUGAUGCUGAGCCUCGUGAUGAAGAUCCUGGUGUAAUGCCCUUUCGGUACAUUGAUGACGUUGUGUACGUUGCUCCACAUAGGCCAACAUCUGCACACCCCACAGAACGAGAGCAGCAGGCCAUAGGGCAGGCAGGGGUUAGGAGGCGUCAUGCUUUGAGAGUUUACGCUCCCGAACCUGGUGAUGAGCCACCGCCGCAUGACAGAGGUGUUGGUUCUGAACAUGUUCUUAGGGCAGUCGAGCGUGAGUGGGCCGGCAUGCUGACCCAUCAAGUAGUCGUUAGGGUCUCCGACCUCGCGCCACUCCCAAGUUUUCAGGGUGGAGGGCCACUGGGGCAUCUUGUCGAAGUCAGGGAGCGGGCUGAGGUGUUGUAUGGGAUGCUGAACAGGCCCCCGUUGAUACCUAUCGUGCUUCACCCACAUUGGCCUCCGCCACCACAGCUGACGGUAAGAGAGCUUCGGAUGAUGGCAUCUGAGUGGGGUGGUCCUGCGAGUUCGCUGCAUCAAGAACCACCUCCGGCUUACCACACUGAUCAGUACAUCUACGUGCCUGAGGUGAGACCACGGGUUCUGGUGAGAUGGCAUAUGAGGCCGCGUGUGAGAUUAUUCAGCCCAGUGCGGACAACUGCGCCGAUUCCUCUCACUGCCCUUACAGGGGCGCGACGUACGCUGCAAGAGUUUGUCAAUGGGGACAGGGUCAUCUGGGAUGAUCACUUCAUGGAUCCAGAUCAUGCAAGGCGGCAUGAAGAUCAGCAGUGGAGAGGACGUACCGAGUUCGAAGUAGAUCUCGAUGAGUUGGCGAGGCUUCAAGGAAGAGAUGUGGACCCUGAUGAGGUCUGA